CGGCCCUUUCAAAUUCAAACAGUUUAGUUUGGCAGUUAGUUGGUGAGGGUUCUUGCAGGAACCUAAGGCGGUUCCUCGAUGAACCCCACCUCCUAUGGGGUUCGUGGAAGAACCUUUUGAGGACAAUUCAGUGCCAAGAACCCUAAGAUUCUCUGAAGAACUUUGAGAUCUUAGAAGAACCCUUGUUAAACCCCUAAUUUUUUGUGUCUUUGGGCUCAGAUGAUUUAAGCUGGUACAGUAGAUUACUUCCGCUGUUCCUCUGUCUCUCAUGCUGCAUCCCAAAUGGCACCAUAUUCCCUAUAUCAGGGCUCUCCAACCCUAAUCUGUAGGUUUUCUGUAAUUUCUUAAUCUGUAGGUUCUCUCUCCAACCCUAAUCUAGCACACCUAAUUCUAAUAAUUACCUGGUUGAUAAAAUUAAUCAGGUUAUUUACAACUGGGGUUGGAGUGAACCUACAGGAAGGUAGCUCUUCAGUGAUGUACUGGGCUGUACACACUACGCUCAUCAAUCUACACACAAUAACCCAUAAUGACAAAGCGAAAACGGGUUUUAAGAUUUUUUUGCAAAAAAAACAAAACUUAGUUACAUAAGUAUUCAGUACCUUUGCUAUGAGACUCGAAAUUGAGCUCAGGUGCAUCCGGUUUCCAUUGAUCAUCCUUGAGAUGUUUCUACAACUUGAUUGGAGUCCACCUGUGGUAAAUUCAAUUGAUUGGACAUGAUUUGGAAAGGCACACACUUGUCUAUGUAUGGUCCCACCGUUGACAGUGCAUGUCAGAGCAAAAACCAAGCCAUGAGGUCGAAGGAAUUGUCCGUAGAGCUCCAAGACAGGAUUGUGUCGAGGCACAGAUCUGGGGACGGGCACCAAAACAUUUCUGCAGCAUUGAAAGUCCCCAAGAACACAGUGGCCCCCAUCAUCUUAAAUGGAAGAAGUUUGGAACCACCAACACUUCCUAGAGCUGGCUGCCCGGCCAAACUGAGCAAUCGGGGGAGAAGGGCCUUGGUCAGGGAGGUGACCAAGAACCCAAUGGUCACUCUGACAGAGCUCCAGAGUUCCUCUGUGAAGAUGGGACAACCAUCUCUGCAGCACUCCACUAAUAAGGCCUUUAUGGUAGAGUGGCCAGACGAAAGUCACUCCUCAGUAAAAGGCACAUGACCACCCACUUGGAGUUUGCCAAAAGGCACCUGAAGGACUCUCAGACCAUGAUUGAGGAAAAGAUGAAUGGAGCAAAGUACAGAGAGAUCCUUGAUGAAAUCCUGCUUCAGAGCUCUCAGGACCUCAGACUGGUAUGAAGGUUCACCUUCCAACAGUUCAACGACCCUAAGCACACAGCCAAGACAACGUGGGAGUGGCUUCAGGACAAGUCUCUGAAUGUCCUUGAGUGGCCCAGCCAGAGCCCGGACUUGAACCAGAUCAAACAGCUCUGGAGAGACCUGAAAAUAGCUGUGCAGCAAUGCUCCCCAUCCAACAUGACAGAGCUUGAGAGGAUCUGCAGAGAAGAAUGGGAGAAACUCCCCAAAUACAGGUGUGCCAAGCUUGUAGCAUCAUACCAUACCCAAGAAGACUCCAGGCUGUAUUCGCUGCCAAAAGUAUUUCACAAAAGUACUUAGUAAAGGGUCUGAAUACUUAUGUAAAUGUGAUAUUUCAGUUUUUUUUUUUAAAUACGUUUGCAAAAAAAUUCUAAACUAUUUUUGCUUUGUUAUUAUAGGGUAUUGUGGGUAGAUUGAUGAGAAACAAAUACAUUUUUUAAAUAAAGCUGUAACGUAACAAAAUAUAGAAAAAGUAAAGUGGUCUGAAUGCUUUGCGAAUGCACUGUAGAUACACAAUUGACAAAAAAUGCUUAAAAUCUUGGGUAUGAUGCUUCAGUUGUUUGAAAAAUGCUAAAUUCUCCAACCCGUCUCCAUCCUUAUAUGCUCCCUCUUCACAAAAUGGCAGCACAAACUGUCACGUGAAUAUCAGUUCAUUAUCUGCAGAAGUGUUUUAAGUUCAUCGACACUCUUUGUAUCGUCAAGAUGUCUCACUGUACUUCAUUUAAAUAGAAAAUACCAUUAACAAAUAGGAUUGUCUAAUUACCCCUUUUUAGAUUCCCACACAUUUAGAUAGCUGUCUGUCACCGCCAUUGUUUUAUGUUUUGAGAGCAAAGUGUUUGUUUUGUGUUUGUUUAUUUAUUUACAUUCCUUCUUAUUUCAGAUGAUUACUCUGGAAAUAGAAGUAACAUAAUAAUAGCCGCCUCCUCUUGUCCCUCGAGGUUUGGCCUAUACACUCCAGUGAGAACUCCCUCCCUCCUUCUGUCUAUCCCUCUAUCCUCCCUUCAGAAAAGAGCUGAUCCACAACAGGAAAUGACUCGGCACCAGCACGCAAUCUUUCAACUAAACCGACAUUUUCUGCUCCACUUGUUGUCAGUUGGACUUCUUACUCUCUGUAGCUCCUCACUGUAUCCAUCCAUCCACCCUGCCUGCCUCUGUCCCACAUCUCUGCCUGGCUGAGUGGGAACUACUUUUACAUUUGAUGGCUUUGGAAGUAAUCUUAGUAUUCUUGGAAGAAUUCUUAGGAUAAUAUUUCUGGCAGAAGGAGGAAUUGCCACCAGGUGAUUUGCCCCCUGCUGUAGCGACCAGGCCAGGGGAGAGGAGGAGUUGUGGAUCCAGGAGCGGACCAUGGAGCAGUGUGAAACUGCUGCGAGCCCCAGCAUAGAUCACCCAUGGAAGGCAGCGACAAUAAUGAGGAAGGCCUGGAUCCAGAGCAGAGACUCCUGGCAGGGCCUCUCUGAGAGCCAGGACACCCAGGAUCAGGAGGGUUCCAGCGAGAAGACACUGUGUCCAGAUCCCACUAUGGAGGAGAAGACAGUCCCGGCCGAGGAGCCAGGGCCCGUCCCUAAGAAGAUUGCGAGCUGGCUCAAGGACUGCAGGACUCCUCUUGGGGCCUCUCUGGAUGAACAGAGCAGCACUCAGUCCAAGGGAGUGCUAAAGAAUGGCUGCAGCUUUGAAGACUACUUUUCUCUGGGAGCUGAGGCCAACCACCUUCAGCCCAACAGUGCCAAAGCAGAGACACCCCGCUAUGGGAUAUGUGCAAAGGACAAGAGGAGCCAGUUCCUACAGAACAGGAGUAUGAACUCAAUAGGCUCAGGGAAGAGCAGCACCAGUGUAUCCAGUGUGUCUGAGUUGUUGGACCUAUAUGAAGAGGAUCCAGAAGAGAUCCUGUAUAACCUGGGGUUUGGCCGGGAGGAGCUGGAUAUCGCCUCAAAGAUCCCCUUGCGCUUCUUUAACAGCCCCUCUUGUGCUAAGGGCAUCGAUCUCAAGGUCUACCUGGAAGCCCAUCUACAACGCACAGAGAUGGAAAAACCCAACUAUGCCCUGACAAGUCGUUUCCGUCAGAUCGCGGUCCUGACCACAGUGGCCAACGAAUUAUUCCAUCUCUACUCCCAGGUGUCGGGCCAGCCCGUCCAAAAGAUCUGCAGCCUGGAUGGGGAACCCCUUACCAUCGUCACUCCUUCUCCUCUGAAGAGGAACAACUCAGCCCUGAACGCAGCCAAGAUCCUAAAGAAGACCAUCACCAAGCAUAACCUUUUCGGUGGGGCAGCAGAGGAAGUCUCUCAUAGCCCCACAGCCCUGUCUACUACCAUAGAGAAACAAGCAGACCAAUUGAGUCCAGGUACAGGGGACAGCGCCAUCACUAUUGACUCCAACCACAAGGGGGAGCUCAAGCAGAAGGCCUUCAUGAAGAAGGAAUCUACUUCUCCGGCUAUGUUGACUGAGGACAGCCACUCUAGAGGCAGCACUGAAGCCCCCCUGAGCAUCAACGGACACCACCCUGGAGUGAAUGGAGACAGUCCCAAGCUAAAUGGAAAUGGCCUGGCGUUGACAGGAAGUGGAGAAAAUCACAUCUCGUUCACUGUCAGUGUUGUCCCUGAGGAGGCCCAGGAGGGUGACCUGAGCCUGUGCAGCGAGGCUGACCUGGAGAAAAAGCACCAGGAAAUCCAUCAGAUGGGCCAGAGGGCCAUCCGAUCAACCCCAGGCGAGGAACCUAACUACAGCCUGAUGCCCAACCUUCACAUCGCCCACCACCACACGCAGGCCAAGGAUUCUUUUGAGAUGGAAGAGGUCCAGAGUAAUGAGGAUGACGCUCUACCUGGAACUUGCAGCCUCUCUAGAGCUGGCAGUGAACAACAACUGAGAACAACCAGCCAGCAGUCAGACAGUAGUGGUUUUGCAGAGGGCCCCUCUACUGAUGGCUCAGCUAACAAUUUAAAGGUACAGGAGAGCGCUGACAGCUGUGAUUGUGAGACCAUGCUGAUGUCCUACGCUGGGGAGGUGACCACUCCUCUAGCCCUUGAACACCCUGCCUUUGAGAGGCUGCAGUUAAAGGAGGAACAGGAGGAGGAGGAUGUGCAGACACCCUCUGUCCUACAGAAACACCUUGAGGAGGACGGGAGGGGGAGCAAGAGCCCUAUUGGGGAGGAGGAGCAGCGGCAGGAGGUGCCACAGUACACCUUCCACCAGUUACCUAAACCAGGAGAUAGAGGAGUGGCCCAAGACUUGGAGCAGGACCAACAGCAUAGCACUGCUGAGGAAGCUGCUUCUUAUCCUGCCUCUGAGACUCCUGAGACUUGCCAUACUGUUGAGGCUGAGCUUGAUACGGCUACAGUGCCUGGUCCUACAGAAGACCAUGGCUCCAUCCUGGCCCCUGACUGCAGCUCCUCUGGUGCCCCAGCCAGGGAGGGUGUGCCUGACAGGGUGGAGAUGGAAGCCAGGCUCUCCAGCCCUAGCCCCAGCUGCCCCAUCCUCAAUGCCUCAGCCAGGGUCCACGGGGCCCUCUACAGGGCCCAGCAGAGGGCCAUGUCCCCAGGCCUCCAGGGCGCCUGCAUGGAGGGGAAGGUGACAGUGAGGGAUCUGUUCAGGAGAAGAGCCCCCCUGACAAGGUCCCGAUCCCUGCCUACCUCGCUCCUCAGCCCUUCCCGUGCGGUCUCCUCUGUCAGGAUCCAGUUUGGCCAGGAGACAGUCAGGCACUGCACUCGGACGGUCUUUUCCUACCAAUACACCCCAGAAGUGGAGGAGGAGGAGCAGGUGGAGGAGGAGGAGCAGGUGGAGGAGCAGGUGGAGCUGGAGGUGGGGUCCAUUGUGGAAGAGGAGGUUGCGGAGGAGGGGGUUCAGAGGAGAGGCAGCUUUUGCUCUAUUUUAAUUAUCAACAGAGAGGCCGAGCGAUCUCAGGGCCCCGGGCUACAGAGAGAUGGGGAUCUGAGAAAGCUUCAAGGCAGAGUUCCCCCUUACCCCCUGGCCAUCCCCCGCCACCUGACCCGCUCAACCAUCUCACUGCACAGCCCCACUCCUGAGUGGGGAGAGAGACCUCUGGUGGAGCACCACCGUGCCUGGAGCACCUGCAGCGUACCUAACCUCACCCAACGUAACCUGGCACAGCAUAACCACCCUAACCUGAACCACUUCAAUAACCAUAACCUCACUCAGCACAGCAACCCUAACUUAAACCUCACUCAGCACAGCAACCCUGACUUCAACCUCACCCAGCACAGCAACCCUAACUUCAACCUCACCCAGCACAGAAACCCUGAUUUCAACCUCACCCAGCACAGCAACCCUGAUUUCAACCUCACCCAGCACAGAAACCCUGAUUUCAACCUCACUCAGCACAGAAACCCUGAUUUCAACCUCACUCAGCACAGAAACCCUGAUUUCAACCUCACCCAGCACAGCAACCCUGAUUUCAACCUCACCCAGCACAGCAACCCUGAUUUCAACCUCACCCAGCACAGAAACCCUGAUUUCAACCUCACCCAGCACAGAAACCCUGAUUUCAACCUCACUCAGCACAGAAACCCUGAUUUCAACCUCACCCAGCACAGCAACCCUGAUUUCAACCUCACCCAGCACAGCAACCCUGACUUCAACCUCACCCAGCACAGCAACCCUAACCUGGCGCACUUCAAUUACCCUAACCUCACCCAGCACAGUAACCCUAACUCUAACCUCACACAACACAACCUAGCCCAACACAAUAACCCUAACCUCCCACAGCACACAGCCCCCAACUUACCCCAUCAUAUGGCCCCUAACCAUGCUCACCAGAGUCCUGCUUACACUAACAACAUGGGCAACACCCUUCCACACAGCACACACUACCCCUUUUCCCCGUACAGCUCCUCCUAUAAUACCCCGCCCCAUAGCGACCCUUUCAGUUCACCUUACUAUAACUACCACGGUAACCCAUAUAGUGGGUCCUACAGCUACCUACACAGCAACACUCAUUAUACUGCCCAUAGCUCUUACUCUAACCCAUCACACACACCUUCCAAACUGCCUCCACAUCUCUCUACUGCCCCCUAUGGAGAACCAUACAGUACUCCAUUCCCUGGCCACCGUCAUCUGUUUCCUUACCCCCAUGGAGUUGAUCCUAUGGGGGCAGCCCCUAAUUCCCACCUUCCACCAGCCCUGUCUACCACUGAGAUGCAGCUCAGACGGGUCCUUCAUGACAUCAGAGGAAGUGUACAGAACUUGGCUCAGAAUUCAUCAGAAUGCAGAGCAGACAUUUUCAAUCCUCAGAGAUCUGCCCAGCCACUGUUUGAGACCUCUCUCCAGAAGGAGCUGCAGGCUAAGAGAAGGAGUCUGAAUGUGUUCCGGACCCAGAUGAUGGAUCUAGAAGUGUCCCUGAUGAAACAACAGGCGUUAGUCUACCAGCACCUCAGUCACGACGAGAGGCAGGAGGCGGAGCAGCUGCAGGGCCUGCGGUCAGCAGUGAGACAGGAGCUGAAGGAACUAGAGCUCCAGCUGGAGGAUCGGCUGCUGACCUUGAACGAACAGCUCCGCUCUGCCAGCUACCACAGUCUCUACCGCCACCGCAUGAGCGGUCACAGCAUGUACAGCCUGUCUAACAGUUCUGCUCUGAGAGCUAUGGAGCCGAUGUCGAACCUGCUGAUGGAACCGCUGUACCUGCAGACAGAGCUGGGCUACGAGGGUGGGGCAGAGAGCAGACCAAGCAUGGCACCCACCCCGAGCUCAGGCCGCUCCUCCAGGUCAGCCAGUCCAAUGAGGUCCUCCGGAUGUCACCCAGGCUCCUCCCACACCCCAGAGCUGCCCCUCCCAGGCCCCCAGAAGACAGAGGUGUACCGAGCGUCCAUCUCCCUCACCCCAGCCCCCCCUCCACGGCCUGGUGCCUCCACAGGGUUCUCCCAGGGCCAGAUCAGUCCUCUAGAUGCCCAGGACCAUGCCAUAGACCAGGCACUGACAGGAGAGCAACAUCCAGAAGAUCGAGCGCAAGGAGAGGAAGAGGGCAGAGGAGGAAGAGGGGCAGCUGUAGACCCUCACCUGCUAGAGGAGAGGGGUAGGGAGGGAGGAAGAGGAGGAAGAUUAGGUGUAGGAAGGGCAAACAACCCCCAGCUACAGCAGCUCAUCAAGGAGAUCAAAGAGAGCCUUGCUGAUGAGAUCCGACAGGAGAUAGCCAGCGAGCUCCUGGCGGCCGUAUCUCCACGACGAUCACCUGUGUUGGCCAGAGAACACCCCCUGUUAGACUGUUGACAGGUCCUACAUCUGAGUUGAAGAUAACCACUGGUGAAGUCUACCAAUUCUACUCAACCUGAACACUGGUGAAACCAUACACUGAACAGCCCAACAACCUUUGUACCACUGUUUCUACUAUUUCCAGAGAGUCUGAUGAUGGCAGAUACCUUAACACUGUGUUUUCAACCAUAUAGGUAGAGUUUUUUUAUUUCUAUGGUUUCUUCUCCGGAGUAAUCUGCUGACUGACAGAUACUCUGGAGCCUCAUUUAUAACCGUUGUGUAAAUUUCACACUAAAUAUCUGAAUAUCUGCGUGUGCCAUUUCUGAAAAGACUGCAUACAUACAAAAAUAUUGAGAUUUAUAAACUUGGCACACACCAUACACCCAUCCUGAAACUGCGUGAGUGAAAGAGCAUCAGUACUCUGUCUGAAAAACGCCCAUCAUUCACCUUUUAUGGUGACAAAAAAAAACGUAUACUUUGGAAGUAUUCGAGCAGUUUUCUAAAGGAAAUGGCAAUAGCGAACUUGAUCAAAUGUCUUUGGAGGUGAUUGCAGAAUGUUAUACUUUUGCAAUGACAUUUGCUGUAGGCCUAGGCUAACUGAUAGACAAAAAGUUUAUGAAAGACAACAACUAUUGCAAAUUGCUGUUGAGCUGUAAGCAGACCGUUUGAUUUUAAUUGGGCCUAAUGUUUUGCAUUGGCUUUUUCUCGAAACGAUGGUGCACUGCCCUCGAAUUCUGAAACCUUCUAUACUUAAAGUGGUAGAAAUGCACACUACAAUGCACCUGUUCACCUGGUAAAUUUUAAUUUAGUUAUUAACCUGCUUCCUUUCUGAUGCAUAGAGCAAAAUACUUGAAAUAAUAGCUUAUCUAAUAGGCUUAAUUAAAUGAAUGAUGUGCAUGGUAAUUUGUUUUAGGCUAUGAUUACUUCAGAAAUUUGGACCAAUAAUGUCCAGAAAAGGUGAAGAAUUAGUUGUGAAAAGAUGUAUUGUGUAUAAAUGCAAUAUUGUCUACUCAAGAAAUGUUAAAUUACAGUAUUCAGAUGUCGGCUACAGAAGUAACCUGCAACCCGUCUGUUCCACCGUUAAUACAACUGCGCUCUGGAUCGGAUGGCAUAGAGCAAAAUACUUGAUAUAGCUUAUCUAUUUACUACUGUGAAGUGGGUCCAAUUAAAGGAGACCUGAGAUGAAUGGUGUCCUUGUUGUUGCCUUAUAUAGGCUACCUCGUGAGUAUGACACCAUCACAGAAAAGGUGAGGAAUUUAUUAUGCAAUGAUCAUGGAAAUAAAUAAUAUAUAAUAGCCAGGGAUAUAGAUGAUUGUCUAAAUAUUUUUAAAUCCAAGGAUAAACUAAAUAUAUUUUGGCUUUACUCACUAAGGGAAAAUGAUUGCAUCUUGUUAUUAACCUGUUUAUUGUUAUGCAUAUGCAUGUCCAUAUCCUCCAUUUGCACAAAAUAUAAAUGUACUUGCCUGCUUGCAAUACAAUAUUUCAACCACUAGAAUCUGCAUAAGCAUUGUCUAAAGUCUGCGAGAAGGCGAGCACGUUUUUACAUCAGGUUCAGUUUUUAUAAAUGCCAACUUUUGCGUGAAAAUUGGCCCACACAUUUUUUGGGAUAUAUUUUGUUCCUGCCAAAGGUUUAUAAAUGAGUUCCCUUGUAUCUUUAGACCUGUAUGCUGUGUUCCUUGGAGACACUAAUGCUGCUGUAUACUUGCUGUUAUAGUGAACUGUCUUGUUCUCUGUCUUAACCGUCCUAUUUCAAACACUCAGAAUGACUAACUACUGCAUUACUCGUGUUGUCCACAGGGGUGGAAUUGGAGGGGAACUAGAGUUCGCAAAGUAAAAUUAUUUUGACAUGUACAAAAUGUGUUUAAGUAACUCCCCAGUGUUUCCAGAUUUCUGUGAAACAUGACCUAUAAUUACUUACAAUAUGAGCUAAAUAGUUUUCCUUGUAUUUAUUUUUAUUUUUUAGUAAGUGUGUUAAAAAGCUGUUUUUCUGUGUUGGAAUGUUAUAGGUGUACCCCAACAACAGAAUGGUGUGGGCAUAUACCCGGUAUUUAAAAAUAUUAAUGCUAGUAGACCGCUGAUUGGCUAUCUCCUCCUCCUCCUCAUGGAGAUGACAUCAUGUUCUAUGCGGAAAUGGCAAGCAUUUUUGUGUUUUAUUUUUUUCAAUUAAUGCUGGCAACAUAUGAGUCAAGAGUCAACUAUUUUUGGGGGAUAUGAGUUAACAGAAUAUGAACUUUUAAAAGUUCGAUUUUCACUGGGUAGUUACUUUAAGGUAAAUUCUAGGAUCAGUGAGUUCCCAGAGUGACUUUUCUCCAAUUCCAUCUCUGGUUGUUGGUGACAUUGUUAUUAUGUUAUGAUAUGAUCCUGACGUUGUGUAUGGGUUGUAUUUAAGCACAUAGAUGUGGAUCAGGGUGCGUCUCUUGUCCUAAAGUUGAAAAAUAGAGUUAGAAGAUGAUUAUGGUUGUAUGUAAAUUUAGUGUCAGCUGUAAAUUACCAUGCCCUCUUCUAAUGCCAUCUCUAUGAGGAAUUAAUCAGAGCAAAGUCUUUUAAAUACUUUGAUUGUUUGCUCAGCUUGCCUGUAGUGCCAGGUGGGCAGGGUUUACCGUUUUGGGACUAUUCUAAUGGCUCAUUAAGCCAGGCAAGGUCAGAUAAAGUAUUUGAACUCAGGUCUGGAACUAACUAUGCAAUACAUUUCACUGUCUCUGAACUUGAAAAUAUCAAUCAAUCAAUCAAUCAAUCAAUUUUAUUUUAUAUAGCCCUUCGUACAUCAGCUAAUAUCUCGAAGUGCUGUACAGAAACCCAGCCUAAAACCCCAAACAGCUAGUAAUGCAGGUGUAGAAGCACGGUGGCUAGGAAAAACUCCCUAGAAAGGCCAAAACCUAAAAUAUCCUUAGUAGAAAGACUAUAUAGAGCUCUAUCAGACAAGAUACUGUUAAUUCUACUGUGUUUCUACUCUCCAGUUCAGGCCACCUGUCUGUCUCUAUCUCUCUUUUUUAUUACCCCUUUAAAGAAAAUAUCUCAGGACAAAUACAUUUAGUGGUUUUAACGUCUAUUUAAGAUAAGAAAUACAGGUAUGAAUUUUUGUUUGUUUUUAAUAUGAGACACUAACGAAAACACGCAUCUGGGUCGUAUUCAUUAGGCCCCAAACGGAGGAAAAUUGAUUGAAUCGUGGAGGGACUAACUGGACUUACUUUCUGUAGAUUUUUUUUGAAAUGACGUUUUCCAGUGUUACCCUAAUGAACACAACCCAGGACAAAGGUGUGAAAUGAAUAUAAUGCAUACAUUAAAGUGGUGCUUUUCAAAAGCAGUAGUUGAUGCAAUCCAAUUAAACUUGUCGUUUCCAGUUUGGACAAAUUAUGUACAUAAUGUUUAUGUUAAAAUUAAAUAUUGGUGCACCUAAAAUAUUGAAGGAAUGCAAAAGGGACUAAUUUCGUGGAAUGACCCACUUACUACAUAGCUGAUCUGUACUUACCUGUAGCUUACUUGUACUUACUAAUGGUCAAGCACAGACAAACAUGCAACUUAUAACAUCUCUUUUCCCCUAUUUUCUGAACUGUUUAUCACCCCUGAGGUGACACCCAGUCGCUUGUCUGGCCCGCUCCACACCUCCAGCCCCUGCCUCUAAUUCUCUGGUAUUUCCUCCAGAGGUAUUAGGUGUUCCUAGGUCGUACGUGUUUAGAGGCACAGAAUGAUCCCCAAGCAUAAAUGGGCACCAUUGAUGGCAAGGCGAAAACACACUGGUUGCGUCUCAAAUGGCAUCCUAUUCCCUACAUAGUGCACUACUUUUAACCAGGGUCAAAAGUAGUGCAGUAGGGAAUAAAGUGCCAUUUGAGACGCAGAACUGCCCCAACCAUGGGCACUGGGACUGUGGGCCUGUUUGUGUGUCACUCAGUUUGACUUGGCGUGGUGUAAAUAACAGGUCUGUGUUGCUGAGGUUAUUACUUUUCUCUAAAGCGCUCCUUUAUAUUGUUUAUUAUGGUUUCUCUGUGUACAGCACGUUGACACAUUGUGAACAUUACAUCAGCGUACUGUGUUUUGUUUUCUCAUUCUAGCUUGGAUCAUCUGCCAUUCCUAGACAGAUGCCAGACACAGAGAAAUGGGUCAUUUAUGGGUAAUUUAUGGGCUAUUUAUGGGUCAUCAAAGUCCUCAUUGAGGACUGCAUGUCAGAAUGUUGUUGUUUUGCCACUUCACUUAAAUUGAAGUUUUGGUCAGUCCUUGCAUCAUCCACAAAUAAACAUGUUAUUUAUUUGUAUGUAUUUGAACAUUGUGGUUACAUUAAUGAUGAAUGAAAUCAAAUAAAUCUAAUUCAUGAA